UGGCGACGUAUAAACCAAAAUGGCCGAAGAGUGAAUUCUGUCCCCAUCAAAACCAGCUAACUACAGUGGACUCUCCAAAGUAAGACAAUGAGUGCCACCGUGGCGCCAGCUGCUAUGGAUCCCCAGCUGCCGAUGCCGACCCCUCCACUGAUGGACCGAUCUGCUGGGAUGGAAGGAAGUGGCACUAUGGUGCCUGCAGAUAGCAACCAGAGUGUCUUGCCCAAUCUGAGGUCCAGCACAUCAAUGGACAAGACGAAGCCCCUCCCAACAUCCCUGCAGAGUGACUUCCUCCCGGAAGACGUCCUAUUUGCUCUUACGCAGGCUCCUGUGUUGAAGGACAAACUAGGACCGCCAUCUCGACACAGGAAUCUAAAUACUACCUCUGUUCAAGGCCGACAGCGUCCAGCCAAUGUGUGGCACUUCCAGCGACGGGAUCGAUUCAAGCAUCUGACAGAGAACACAGCGUGCACGUGUGGUGCAGGGAGGGACAUUUCGUUCCUCUACGACGUUCCUCAAACAAAGGCAACAGCAGAGCGGCCGGAGAAGAUUGACAAGAGCAUUGUCAGGAGAGACACUGAGGAGAAACCAAGACAGGCCCUCCAGCUCCCAGACACCCUGCUGCCAGACGAGUACCACAUCGUCAAGAACAAGGGCGUCCUGGGGAUUGAAUACCAUGAAGAUAAAUACUCCACACAGCCGGACGACCAUGAGAAGCACCUGGUCAAGUUCCCGUCUCUGAAGCCGGCCAGCAGGUACGAGGUCCUGCAGCUGAAGCGUUCCCUGGAGGACAUGUUGGAGAAGGCCGGUGUAGCGGACAACGAUGUUGUCGUCAAGGGACCAACACAGAUGCACAAUCUGUUGGAACUGAUCAAGAAAGAGCAAAAUGUUUACAACAUAAUCUUCCAUGAGCUGAUCAGACAGGUGAGCGUGGAGUGUGUGGAGAGAGGGGAGUUGCUGGCGAUGCUGAGAGAUAAGUACAGCGCCCUCCUCAACAAAGUGCCACAGCAGAUCAAGAGUCUUCAUGAGGAGGUGAUGGCACAGCGGGCACUGGACAGGCGGCUCACCGAGGAACUCAUGAGGUUCAAAUCUACCAUCAGUGUCCUAACAAAUGAGCUGACCGACGUCAAGGAGCACGACCAGAGAGUGACCAGGGAGGCACAGAAAGCUCAGGAAGAUCUGAAGACAGCUCUUGGUGAUGCACAGAAGAACGCCAGUCUGCUGGCAGAGUACCACGACUUGUAUGAGCUGCAGCGCCGGCGCUUGGAACGCCAAGUGUUCAUGUUGUCUGAUGAGAGGGAGCUGUGGAGCACGGCUGCAUACAGUCUCGCCCUGAAGGUGACAGAGGAAUGCAGAUUGACGACGGCCAAACGGAUGCAUGUCAGCGAGAAGGCCUGGGCCAAGCUGGCCAACCACUUUACCGUGCUACUGAGCGACAAGGACACAGAGCAGCUGACCGAGAUUCAGGGCCAUGUGGAAGUGUGGCGGGACCAGAUUGAGGAUUUCAACAUCGCCCUGAAGCAGCGGGAGGAGGAGAUGAGAGAGCACCUCCGGGGCAUCAGGGCAGGAGUUGAGCACUGGGUGCUGGACUUCCAGAAGAACUGCUUCAACGCGGAGGGUAACAUGGUGAAGAUCCCCGACAAGGAUAAGAUGAUCAGUCUCCGAGACGACAUCCAGGCCUGGGAGGAGAAUCUGUCGAAGGAGGCGGAAGUGUUUGCGGGAGAUCUACUUCUGUCCAAUGAGGACGAGCUGAUCCACAUCCGGAAAGAGAUGGAUGGCUGGACGGACAGUGCCCUGAAGGUGUUCGGACGUCACUCGGGCCUCGAUGGACGCUCACACCUGGAGCAGGACAAUAUGAUCGUCCUCAAUGAUGAAGUGGAGGAAUUAUUAAAACAGUUCACGAACAGAAUCAGUGGAGAAAAUGGAGUAGCGACGAGCGUGAUCCACCUGACAAACGCUAUCGAGCUUUGGGAGACGCGCCUGACGUCGGCCCUGAACGGCACCAUGACCCUGCAGGAGACAGAUUGGAGCAGCUUCUACCACACCCUGGACGACUGGGUGGUGGCCGUGGACCAGUGUCUGGAGUACGUCGGCACCACCCAGAAGCAGGAGGACAAGCAGGAGGGGCGGGAACACACUAGCAUUGACAUCCACGACACGGUGAGGAAGACGCAGAAGUGGGCGACCACUGCCAGCAAUACCAUCGACAGCGAGGAUGCUAAGCUGGUUGAGCAGGUGUCAACGUUGCAUGCUGAGAUGGUGCAGUGGAUGGUUCAGAUGUUGCUGCGUCUUGCACCGGACAAGGAGGGUAACUCUGUGGAGGCUGGUGAGAUGGUGCUACUGGGCAGCUCGUCGAUACCCCUGCUGCACGAGAAUGCCAAGUCGCUGUUUGAGAGGCUGCAGAAAUUCUCCAACUAUGUCACCCUGCGGAUUCUGGAGGCGUACAGCCACAGCGUCUACAUCUACGUUGAAGACAUGCCGGUGGUGGCCACGGCCUCCACUCUGUCUCUCCCUCUCACCUUCUGCUGUGACGGCAUCGUCUUGGACAACACGCUGCAGCGCCAGGACAACAUGGAGGAGCACGCCGACCAGGAACUCCGGGACCUGCGGAGGCUGAGGGGCGAAUGUGAAGACUGGACCCACACAGCUAAGAUCUUGACCAGUCAGUUGACCGGUGAGACGGUGGAGGAGCUGUUCCCUCGCCUCGGACCUCUGGACAGUCAGUCCAAGACACAGGUCAGCUCAGUCAGACCUGAAGGAUACCAUGAUAAGGAGCCAUUGGAGCCCCAGGAGCAGGAGCAGCAGCAGCAGCAGCAGCAGCAACAGCAGCAGCAGCAGCCACCAGAAGCUCCAACGCCCCAGAAACAAGAGGAGACUACUCCGGCCCCCACUCCCACUCCAGCAGAGGGCAGCACCGGCCAGACAUCGGAGCAGACAGCAGGGCAGACGGAAGAGCAGACGGCAGGGCAGACGGAAGAGCAGACGACAGACAAAAGUGUGGAGCAGACGACAGUCGAGGAAACAGCUGAAGAAACAGCCGAUGCAGAGAAGACAAAAGAACAAGAACAAGAACAGAAUCAACCGGCCCCUGUGGAGGACGCCGGAGAGAAGCUGGAACUGAUCGGCACGGAUGACAACACCCACGUAGCAGGGCUACAUUCCGAUGUCCAGGCGGCUCCUGAAACACAGACUGCCAGCAAGUCGGGAACUCCAGACACAAAACGAGCCUUUGAGGCCCUGGCUGCUGUUGGCAACCUGCAGACCCAGUUGUUAGACACGGAGCAGCGCGCCCAGGAGGCAGAAGAGCGAGCUGCCUCGGCUGAGCUGGAGCUGACUGUGGUACAGGAGCAGCUCCGGGCCUUGGAGAAGAAGAUGACCCAGCUGACCGGCCGGGACCAGGAGGAGACCACGCCCAUCAGCCUCACCACGCCCUCCUCCGUCUCCACCCGCACCCCUACCUCCAGCAGAACCCCGGCCACCACCCCCGUCGUCCGGCGGGCAGAGAAGAAGGAGGAGAAGAAGCUUCCUGUUCCUCACAGUCCGCAGAAGAAGUCCUCAGCCAAAGGGAAGAGGAAGUAGAUUAGGAGGAAGGGGAUGUCAUCAUAUUUCAUUCCUUAGCUCCAGCCCAUCUCAACAGCUUAAAAUAUGUCAUGUGUUAUCUUGUAACUAUGUUCAAUGAAGUCAUCCGAACCAUAUGCCUACAAACAGAUAAAUAUUAAAAUUAGGUUUGCUAUAUAUUGGUAACGAUAAAUAGUAUUAUUAAAUUGCAGUUGUAAUUGGUAUUUCGACUGCUGUCUAUAAAACCUUUCGUGAUUUCAACAAAAAAGACGUGUGCAAAUGUUUGAGGGUUCGAAUCCCAGAUUUCCUCUCUGUGAGGUUUGCCAACACCACACCAAAGUAGAAACCAUGGAAAA